AGCGCAAAGUAUAAAUACGUGGAGAUUCUGCCGAGUUCGUGAUUUGGAUGCAUUUGUGAAUUUUCAUAUUUUUGCAUCGCAUUUCGUUGCAUUGUACCAAAUCAAACAUUAUCCUCUUGACAGCGAUACCGUCUGAUGUCUUGGUUUAGAAGUCUCUGUAUAAACGCAAGUCGAUUUCACAAAGUGUGUCUCCCUUUAUUAUGCACAUGGAACCGUAGAAAUGAAUCGGUAAAAUGUUGUUUUGCAUGCACAAAAAGAAUGAAUUUUGUCGUAAAUAUCUUCAUUUACGUCAGCUUAAAUUCUCAUUAUUCCUAUCUAGAGGCCGAAAGAUUUGCAUUUCUUCUGGUAAUGAAAAUAAAACCGUAAGGCUUUUAACUUUCAAAUAGCAUAGCGAGGUUCUUCUCUUUGUAUUAGUCUCAUUAAAUAUUGAUAACCACUUCGGACGUCUGAGUAGUUUACCUCCAUAAGGCUGCAUAUAAAGACCGAUUAGGAUUCUGAGCUUGGAACCAUAUGUCGUUAGCUGAUAGCUGCUUUUUGCGUGUAGUUAAUUGUCAUGACAUGCGCUCUAUGCCCCAUACCUAUGGUACUCAAAAAGUAUAUUGCUGAAAACCUAAUUGUCUGCACUUCCUACAUACGCAUACAGUAGCCCCACUAUUGGGGAACCUGAUAUAUUCGACCUUCGAGUGACUGUUUUGGCAGCGAAGCAUACAUAAGGUAGGACAACGGUUUUAAAUGUUCUGGUUCAUUAUCUAGCACAAAUUUUAUCUUGAAUUUUUAGUCCAAUGAGUGCAUCGCUAGUCAUUGUCAGCACUAAUUUUCACCAAGUUACCUUUACACAUUUUAUUGUUUUUCAAGUUUGUUUUUUACUAUACACAGUUUAUAUCUAUGUUAACGUUUAAUUAUGAUUAUUUGUGACACAUUAUUAAAAUGUCAGCUCAAAUGUGCUAAUAGCUCUUGUUACACGUUUGUAGUGAAGUUGGUCAAUUAGGACUUACACUUACAGCACAAAAUGUUUCAUACAUCUAAGUAAACGGUGUUGUUUUAAUUGCAUGUCAAACUGUGUAAGUAGUUUUUUGUUCAGUCAAGUUUGUGGGCUCAUUUUUUUCUUUGCUAACAUUUGAAUUUUUUAUUGUUUCAGCCAUACACCAUGCCUCCAGUUGAUGGAACAUCCCAAUGGCUACGAAAAACGAUAGAUUCAGCGGCCGUAAUAUUAUUUAGCAAGACGACUUGUCCUUAUUGCAAAAAUGUGAAGGAUGUUUUGGCUGAAGCAAAGAUUAAGCAUGCUACAAUUGAACUGGAUCAAUUAUCCAAUGGUUCGGCCAUUCAGAAGUCCUUAGCCAGCUUCUCGAAAAUUGAAACAGUUCCUCAAAUGUUUGUUAGGGGCAAAUUCAUCGGGGAUUCUCAGAUGGUAUUAAAAUACCACCGUAAUAAUGAAUUGACGAGUAUUGUCAAUGAAAGCAAGUAUGACUAUGAUUUGAUAGUUAUCGGUGGAGGAUCUGGUGGACUUGCUGCUGGAAAGGAGGCUGCUAAAUACGGUGCGAAAACAGCCGUUUUGGACUUUGUAGAACCUACUCCAAUAGGUACCACUUGGGGAUUAGGUGGGACGUGUGUAAACGUCGGAUGUAUCCCGAAAAAAUUGAUGCACCAAGCUGGACUCUUAAGUCAUGCUUUGGAAGACGCAGAACAUUUCGGAUGGAGUUUGGAUCGAUCGAAAAUUUCGCAUAAUUGGUCAACUAUGGUUGAGGGGGUUCAAAGUCACAUCGGUUCUUUAAACUGGGGUUAUAAAGUUGCACUAAGAGAUAAUCAAGUCACGUAUCUGAAUGCUAAAGGGAUGCUUAUAAGCCCUCAUGAGGUGCAGAUUACAGAUAAGAACCAAAAAGUAUCUAUAAUAACUGGAGACAAAAUUAUCUUAGCUACUGGUGAACGCCCAAAAUACCCAGAAAUACCUGGAGCGGUUGAAUAUGGGAUUACAAGCGAUGAUUUAUUUUCUUUGCCAUACUUCCCGGGCAAAACACUAGUCGUUGGAGCAAGUUACGUUGCACUGGAAUGUGCUGGUUUCCUUGCUAGUUUAGGCGGUGAUGUUACCGUUAUGGUUCGUUCCAUUUUACUUCGUGGUUUUGAUCAACAAAUGGCUGAAAAGGUUGGUGACUACAUGGAGAAUCAUGGAGUCAAGUUUGCAAAGUUAUGUAUACCAGAUGAGAUCAAACAAUUGAAAGCAGUAGAUACUGAAAAUAAUAAGCCUGGACUUUUGCUUGUUAAGGGUCAUUAUACCGACGGUAAAAAGUUUGAAGAAGAAUUUGAAACGGUCAUUUUUGCUGUUGGUCGUGAACCACAAUUAUCGAAGGUUCUUUGUACUACCGUGGGUGUUAAACUAGACAAGAAUGGUCGAGUUGUAUGCACAGAUGAUGAACAAACUACAGUCAGUAAUGUUUAUGCCAUCGGAGAUAUCAAUGCUGGAAAACCACAAUUAACUCCCGUGGCUAUUCAAGCUGGGCGCUACUUGGCUAAACGUUUGUUUGCUGGUGCAACUGAACUAACUGACUAUUCCAAUGUUGCUACAACUGUUUUCACUCCACUUGAAUAUGGGGCUUGUGGAUUGAGUGAAGAAGAUGCAAUUGAAAAAUAUGGUGAUAAGGAUAUUGAGGUGUAUCAUUCAAAUUUUAAACCUUUGGAAUGGACUGUCGCUCAUCGUGAAGAUAACGUUUGUUACAUGAAACUUGUUUGUCGUAAAUCUGAUCACAUGCGUGUACUGGGUCUGCAUGUUUUGGGUCCUAAUGCUGGGGAGAUAACACAGGGAUAUGCAGUUGCAAUUAAAAUGGGUGCAACUAAAGCAGAUUUCGAUCGUACAAUUGGAAUUCACCCAACUUGUUCUGAGACAUUUACAACGUUACAUGUAACUAAAAAGUCUGGCGUGUCACCCACAGUGAGCGGUUGCUGAGGUUAAUUCCCCACUGAAGCCUUGAUCUCUUCCUUCUAAUCAACGUGAAGGAAACUGUAUUGGGCAUUGGUGGGGUUAUAUAAAUAUCUGUUACAUCUCUUCUUCAUUUUCUUCUGAAGGUACCUUCCUAUGAUCCAAAUUCUCAAAAAUCUUGUUCCAAUACGGAAUACUGAGUCUUUGGUGAUGUUUUGGUACUGAAAAGAGAAAAGACAUAGAUUUUUUACACUGCCAAAUUUCAUAUAAAUAACUAAUGGCUAAUUUGUUCUUGAACCAUCAAUUAUCUUAGAAAUUACACUUCGUAAAUAUAUUUUUCAUUAAUGAUUAACAGUUAUUUGUAAAUUCGACUUAGUAUGGUCAGAUGAAGUUACUUCACAAAAUAAAUGUUAUGUGACAAAAUAAUUCUUUUCUGAUGUUGUACUUCAUUAUUGAAAUGUGUAAAGCAUGUCCCUAUAGACCAUUUUACUGUAAGAUCAUUUGCUCAACCAUAAUCUUUAUUUUCAGUGAAACUGAUCAUUGAGUGAAGUUUAUUGUGUGUUGUUUUGAAAUUCAAUACAUCAACUUUGGUAUAGUCGAG